UUGCCUCACCAAAAGAAACAAAAGCCCAGCUUGGAUUCCCACACACUGUAAUGAGCCGUCGGUCUGGCCAGUAUACAAUGAACCAUGACCAUUCCAAGAAGACCGCCGAUGGAGCAUCAUUUGACCGCUCAGGAUCCCAGGACUCCUUGGAUGAACUGUCUAUGGAUGACUACUGGAAAGAACUUGAAAACAUCCAUGAAACAAGAGGAGAUAAUCAUGAGGAACGAGUAGCACUUGUAGUGAAAGAGCCAGAUGAGGGAGAACUGGAAGAAGAAUGGCUGAAGGAGGCAGGUCUGUCAAAUCUGUUUGGCGAGGGCUCUGGCGACUCCCUGGAAAGCAUGCUUUUUCUGUCCACACUGACCCGAACCCAGAAGGCAGCGGUAGAAAAGCGAGUAGAGACUGUCACACAAACCAUGAGGAAAAAAAACAAACAGCACCAGAUUCCUGAUGUCAGAGAUAUCUUCAGGCUACAAAAUGACUCAAAGGGAAAAGUCUGUGAUGGAAGUGAACCCUCAACUGUGAGAACAAGUGAAAACAAAAAUGAAACACAAGAUGGAACCAAAGGUCCAAAGUUCAGUCUUGGAACGGAUGAGCAGAAGAGCCCACUUGAAGACAUGCCGUUUUCAGACACUGACAUCAAUUUGGAGAUAUCAUUUGCAGAACAGGCAGCUAAUCUCAAAGACAGUUCAGUAGGCAAAAUGUGCAAGGGUGGAGGGGGUGACACUCUUCUCCCGAAUUUCAGGCUGCCGAAGGACAAAACAGGUACCACAAAAAUUGGUGACCUGGCCCCUCAGGACAUGAAGAAAGUCUAUUCUUUAGCACUGAUUGAAUUAACUGCUCUCUAUGACAUACUUGGGACAGAAUUCAAGCAGCAAAAAGCUGUAAAAAUCAAAACCAAAGACUCUGGCUUGUUUGGUGUCCCACUCUCAGUUUUACUGGAACAGGAUCAGAAGAAGGUGCCAGGAACCAAGAUCCCACUGAUUUUUCAAAAGCUGAUUGCCCAGAUAGAAGAGGCAACUCUGGAAACAGAAGGACUUCUUAGAAUACCAGGAGUUGCAACAAGAGUAAAGAGUCUUUGCCAAGAACUUGAAGCAAAAUUUUAUGAAGGGACUUUCAACUGGGAAAAUGUAAAGCAGCAUGAUGCAGCAAGUCUUUUAAAACUCUUCAUCCGUGAACUGCCUCAGCCACUCCUCACUGUAGAAUAUCUCAAAGCUUUUCAAGAUGUACAGAAUCUUCCAACGAAGAAGCAGCAACUGCAAGCUUUGAAUCUUUUGGUUCUCCUUCUACCUGAAGCAAACAGAGACACUCUGAAGGUACUGCUUGAAUUCCUCCAAAGGGUAAUUGAUCAUCGAGACAAAAAUAAAAUGACGUUAAAGAAUGUUGCAAUGGUGAUGGCCCCAAACCUUUUCACGUUUCAUGGGUUUGGCUCGAAGACUAUUGAACAAAGCGAGUUUGUUAUGGCAGCUGGAACAGCAAAUGUCAUGCGCUUUAUGAUUCAGUACCAAAAACUUCUCUGGACAAUUCCUAAGUUUAUUGUUAACCAAGUGAGAAAACAAAACACUGAAAGCCAGAAGAAGGAGAAGAAGGACAAAGCUAUGAAGAAGCUUCUGAAAAAGAUGGCAUAUGACCGUGAAAAGCAUGAGAAACAGGAGAAGACCCCUAAUGAUGCUGAUGUUCCUCAGGGAGUGAUACGGGUGCAAGCACCUCAUCUUUCAAAAGUUUCCAUGGCAAUACAGCUGACAGAAGAACUGAAAGCCGGUGAUAUAGUAGCCAGGUUUCUCAGCCAGAAAAGUGGAAAUGUCCAAACACUCAAGAAAGAAGAGGUCUUUCUUUAUGAAAUAGGAGGAAAUAUUGGAGAACGCUGCCUUGAUGAUAAUACCUACAUGAAGGACCUAUACCAACUCAACCCAAAUGCUGAGUGGGUUAUAAAAUCUAAGCAGAGCUAAGCUUACAACUAAUGGCAAAAGAACAACCUGUGGACUUGCUCUGUAAGGCUGAAUGUUUCAAAGGGAUACUGUGUCCUUUCAACAUUCAACUGUGUUAUAUAUAUUAAUAGAACCUUAUCCAGUUAGGGG